UGCCGAGACGCACCGUCUGCGGACAACGAGCCGGGCGCCCCGCACGGAUCAGCAGCAACCCCCGCAUAGCCCCCCGCCCGCCCCUGCGGCGCGGCGCCGCCACUGCUGCUGCUGCGGGCCCAGCGGCGGGGCCCCCCCGGCCGGGCAGCGCGGGGCCGGGGCCGGGGCCGGGGCCGGGGCCGCCUCCCGGACGCGGCGGCGGGAGCAGGCGGCGCCGCGGGGGCAGGUGCGCGGCGGCGGGGGCUGCGCUGCCCUGCCCGCCGCUCUUUCGCGUAGGGCUCAGAGAGGGCUUCCGCGAGACAAAAAGCCGCCCGAAAUGCGUCUCUGUGCAGCCCCCGCUCCGUAACUUUUCCGGAGGGAAAAAAAUCUCGGCGUGUGCUUCCUAUGCGGACAGUUUCAGGAAGCUCGCUUCAAAGGCCUGUUUUCGGCCGGGGAAAGCCUGGUACCUGCGCCGUCAGGAGCGCCCUGAGCCUCGUUUCCUCCCGCGGCGUAGCCGCCAGCCCGACACCUGCGAGCACCCGCCGCGGCCACCAUGUCUCCCAGGAGCAGCUGCUGCCCGACUCACCUACUAGUAAUCGCCUCUCUGCUAGCAGCACCAUCCCAAAGUCGGGACUGUUCGGCAGAGAAAAUGGAAAAUACCAUCAUCAACAUAAACUUAGCUCUCUCCAAAGGUGUCAGGGGCACAGAACCAGUUUAUACUUCAACCCCAGAAGCUUGCAUACGUGCUUGCUGCUUGGGAAAAAAACUCUCAGGAGACAAAAAGUGUAACUUGAUGAUUUUCGAUGCUCGAAGGACAAGCAUGCAUCCGAACUGCUACCUGUUUUACUGCCCUAGCGCAGAGUCCUGUCCAACGAAACCAGCAAUAGGACUUGUGAGCUACAAGAUAACUAGAGACAGCCAUCCUCUGGAGGAUACAUCCUUCAAAAAUGGGUACUCUUUGUCUUUGGGUGUUGGAGCCUUUAUUUCUCACAGUCCAACAAGCCAUCUGAAUCACACCACUACUUUGCAACAAUCUGACUUUCAUCCAGCAGCUGAACUCCCAAACUACGUGGCUAAGCAUAUAGACAGUAGUGAAUUUCGUAUAGAUUUGCCUAACAUCCAAGGGGCAAAACAUCCUGAGAGCUUAGACUCCACCCCACGGCAGAAAGUAAAUAACCUGCUGCCUACAAAGGUGUCUUUCACUGUUCAAACUGGAAAUCCCUCCACUUCACUGCCCACGACUCAGUCCAGUGUCCCUGAACCCAGCAGUACCACCGCCGCUCCUCUGCCUACGAGUGUCACCAGGCUGCAAUCCAGUACGAACUCUCUGCCAACUGCUGCUAAACCUGGUGCCCUCACCACCACUACAGUGACCUUUCUGCCUAAAGCUGAACUUGGCAGCCCAGCUGCCAGCAUUGCUGCUACUCAUGUUCCUCUUUCUGGCCCCCAGACUUCUGCUUCUACUGCUACAGCCACAUGGGUGACCACAAAUGGCAGCACUGAGCCAAGGCAGAGAAGGCCAGCCACCCCUUGGGCACCAGCAGCUGUCUCUUCCAGUGACACCAACCAUGUCACCUUCCUCUCUUCAGAUUUCCCUCUGUCUCAUAAUGAGUCCCCCACGGCUUUCCAAAACAACCGUCAAGGUUAUGAGCCAUCUGAUUCAGGGAGAUACUUGCUGGAGGGCCUUCUGAGGCGGGAAGAUGUUGUUCAGCUGGGAGAAAAAAGCAGCCUUGUAGCAGCUUUACUUUUUGGGGUGAUAUUCUUGUUAUUAGUUAUUGCACUGAUGGGGAAGAAAGUCCACGAAUCGCUUCAGAAGAGACAUUAUACAAGGCUGGAUUACUUGAUUAAUGGAAUGUAUGCGGAUGUGUGAUGGGAAGGGAGAGGGAAGUGGUCGGUUAGGAGCAAAUGUGGUCAUCGCUGAGAGGUCUGCUCUGAAACCGAGCAGUAGAUGCUGAAAUCUUAGAAGAGGAUGUAUUCUAUUUUGGCCACAAAUGAGAAAGCAGCAGAUGCUUUUGGUGGGGAAGAGAACUGCUAUUUCUACACUGAACUGUAAUGUGUAACUUUUGGUGUAUUACUGAAUCUUAAAAAUAAACACUCACAUCCAAAGUAA